AUGGAUAAGCAAUAAUUAUUUGCGGAAUGCAUUCGAAUACUUUAAAUCACACCUAUUCGUAGAAGUGCAGAAGAACUUAACCACUUAUUAGUUUUUGCACUCACUAUUACUUUUUUUAGAGAGCUUGGUGAAUAAUCUCCAGAAAUGCUUCAUCGUUGUAUAUAAGUAUUAUCAUAUCGAACUAUUAAAGCAGGAGAUGUAAAAUAUUAUAAUUUUCCUUUUAGAUACUCUUUAAAGUAGGAGAUUCUGGAAGUCUAUUUUAUGUUAUUUUAAAAGGAUCUGUGGGUAUUAAUAUUCGAUUACCAAAUCCUGAUGAUCCUUAAUAAUUUGAAUUGAAAGAAGUAAAUAUAUUGAAAGCUGGAGCAAGUUUUGGAGAACUAGCACUCAUUAAUGAUGCCAAAAGAACAGCUACAAUAGUAGGAAAAGAAGAUUGUAUAUUUGCAGUGAUGGAAAAACAUCAUUAUAAAUCAAUCUUAGGAGCUUAAGAGAUUGCUAAAAUUCAAAAUAAGAUUUCAUUCUUAUGUUCUUUUCCUUUUUUCAGUUCUUGGUCCUUUAGGGAAAUUAAAACAAUUAGCUAUCACUUUGAACCUGUUACAGUGACUCUUAAUUAAGCGAUAAUUAAAUAGAAUGAGUAUUGUAACCACUUUUAUGUUGUAAGGGAUGGAGAAUUUUAGGUCUAAUUUUCUUAUAAAAACAAGCUAUGUAGUAUGUAUGAUAUUUUAAAUUUAUAAUUAGAUGCACUUUAGGACCAGGAGAAUCAUUUGGACAAGAAGCUUUCUUAAGCAAAGAUGGCCAAUUCUUGAUUAAAUCUUCAAUAUUUGUUUAAUGGGGGAAAACUAAAUACAAUAUAGUUUGUAAAAGUGAAAUUGGAAUUGCUUAUAAGAUCACAAGAGAGGAUAUUCAAAAGUAAGAUUAUAUUUAUUUAUGAAGAGACGUUUCUGGGAUAGCAAAACAUAGGUUGUCUUUUUAUAAUUGCUAUCCUCUAUUCAUCAUUUCCGAACAAUAAAAGCAGAAGAGUUGAUUAAAGAGAUUGAUAAUAAAAGAAAAAAAUUUGAGGAGCAAAUACAUUUGCCAAUUCCUUUAAAGAAAAGUUAUGUUUAAAAAUAUAAUCUGCUUUCUUAAAGAAAUACUAAUGAUGAUAUAGAAAAAGAUUAAUAAUAUGAUGAGUUUAAAUAACAAGAAAAAUAAGCAAUAGAAUAAUUUACAAAAUUAUUAAAAGAUAGAAAUUGUUCUUAUGCUUAAGUGAGAACAUUUUUUGAUCAAAAAAAAUUUAUAUCUCAAAAUUAUUUCAAAAAAAGAUUCUACCAUAGAUAAUUUUUUCGAUUUGCUAGCAAUAAUGAGAAACUUCGAAAAUCAGCUAAUGAAUAGGAUUUUGAGUAAAUUAAUGGAAUGCUUACUUAAUGUUGCAACCAAUAGAAUAUACCAACUAUUAAUAAUUCACAAUAAAUUAUUCAUACUAAAUCUUUGAGUAGUCCAACAACUAUAACAACUAUGGGAAAGUUUAUCAAGAGAAUAAAAUUAUAAGUUGUUACUCAUCAAAAGAAUGAGGAUACCCAAACUAUAAUAAAUAUUCGAAAUCACAGCCCAAAUUCAUAUCGCAGCGUGAAUUGUAGGAGAAUGAAAACUUUUAUUGAUUGA